GACGGUGAGCUGUUUCGGUGCGAUAAAAAAUCGAUUUUUUUUUCGCACAUCAAAAUAAAACUUAAUUAAACAGUGUUUGCAUUCACUUCGACACCAAGCGGAAAUGAGCUAUCUGAACGUGAAGAGAAUAUGUCGCCUUUGCUGCAAACAAAACAGCCGUAUGCGUUCCCUGUACGAACAGCAGCAAGAGCAUCCACUUCCGGUGCGGCAGAUGAUCUACGCUGUUGCCCAGCUGGAGGUGGAUCCCAAUGACGGGAUGCCCCAGAAGAUUUGCGUGACCUGUACCAAAACAUUGAUAAGGAUCUACGAAACAGUGGAAAUUUUCCGGACCAACGAUUUGAAGCUGCGAAAGCAGCUUACCAGAACGAUGCACUUCGAAAUCAAGGACAUUCUGGAAGUGGAUAAUGUCUGCGUCAAACAGGAAGUUCUGGAGGAAGAAUAUCACGAGUCGUCGCAGCAGAACGAGCAAAUUGAGACUGUUGAUGAUAAAGCUGAUUACAAGUGGACUCCGGUAGGACAAAAUAUUGAUGAGGCAGAGGUAAUACCCCCUAUGGUGGUUUCCGACGUUAGAAGUCAGCUUGUUGAGACUGUUGUUAAGAUAGAGAAUAUAGCCGGUGAUGACAACAUGGUAGAAGAUACAGGCGAGGAUGGAAAUAAUGCUGAUGAUGAUGAGUGGAGGUCCGAAGCGCAGGAUAGCACUGAAGAGCAGAAGCAACCCCUGAGGAAGACUAAACCCAAACGCCCCCGCUAUGCCACCAAGUAUGAAAAUAUGUAUCAACCUCAUUUGCACGACUUUAAAUGCUACAUUUGCAAAAGCGAAUCUCACGGAUCGACCGAAGCCCUGGUGCAGCACAUGAGUGCCCACAUGGAUAUUCUGCCAUUCACGUGUUCCGAGUGUACGAUGGAAAAGGUUGUUUUCAAAGGGGCACUAAGGGUCAACGCCCAUCUGCGGGAGCAUUUGAAGCCGGAAAAAUGUCCACAUUGCGACAGGCGAUACGACAGCAAAUAUAAGGUCGCACUUCACGUGCAGAAGCAGCACGCCCCGGUGGCUGACUAUAUCCAGCGUCCGUCGAAAUGCAAAUACUGCGUCCAAGAGUACCCUUCCAAGGUCGCGCUGCUACAGCACAUGAAGCAGGUGCACUCUGCCGAAGCAGCGAGCUGUGCAUUUUGCGGGGAAAUUUUCAAGGAAAGGUAUCUACUGCGCUUGCACAUCGCAAAGAGCCACGAGCCGGACAAGAAAUUUGUGUGUGACAUUUGCAACAGGGAAUUUGCUGCGUUGAAAAAUCUUCAAAAUCAUACGAAAACAUUCCACUCGAACGAGACGUUCGAAUGCAGUUACUGCUCGAAGAAAUUCAGAAUGGAAAUCAGACUGCGGGCUCAUGAGAAGAGGCAUAUGGAAAAUCCCAACUACGUACCGAUGAAAGAUUGGAGCGAGUACUACACCGUCCUGCAGGGAGAAGAAUCCAAACCUGGCGAUCUAAGGAAGAAAAGAUGCAACAUCUGUGGAGUGGUUGGCGCGAAAUGGCUGACAGGUCACAUUCAGAACGUACAUUUCCCCCGCAAGUACGAUUGCGAUGUUUGCGGUUGGAGUACCAAAAAUAGGGAAAACUAUAGGACCCAUAUGCGGGUGCACGAGCAGGGAAAAACCGAGCAGUGUCCGAUCUGCGAGCGGCGAUUUCCCGACAGGCGGCAGCUGAUUGUCCAUCUGCGGGCGAAGAUGCACCGAGGUCACCCACUGGCCGAGUCGCUGGACUGGCUAGGUGACAAAAGGCAGAAGCAAUCGGAUGGAGACAGCGGCAGUGAUGUACGGGAAAAGGCUUAAGAAUACUACCAUCCACUGGGCAGCUUAAUAAUUAUGUAAGAUGUACAUGGAUGACAAUAUAGGAUCAUCAUACCUUUACGUGGAAUAUGAAUUAACUUUGGCUUUUAUGAUAAACUUUUAAAAGUGUUGAUUUCGCAUUGUAGCAAGUAAAAGAUGUCUA